AUGGCCGAUAGUGCGCUCCCAAAUCUCUACCGGCAUUAUUCUGGCAAUAACGACGACGACAACACCUCGUUCCCCUCCACAGAAAAUGACCCCGACGAGCCGCCACCAGUCGUCAAUGAGUUUUGCUGUGAUCUAGUCACAUUGCAAUGCAUAUCAGGACGUUCACAUGCUGCGCUCAGAAGUGAUACCUCGAACAUUCACAUCGCUUCUAUACAGGAGCCACCUCAGGUGGUGAUCCAGGUGGGAGGUACUGAUGUGUGGUACAUCGAUACUCCACCCAAGUUUGAAUGCCCGGUGCAUCGGACUACGGGUCUGGAUUUCUUAGUCCAGAUCCUGGGAGAGAUGGAGGUUACUCAUUUCACGGGCGAGCAACAAAUCAUCCGCCCUGGCGAUUUAACCAUCCAGGGGUCCACUUUUACCAAGUGGCGCAAUCCAAGCAGGAAUCAAUGGUCUCGGAUGAUGGGAUUUAUGUCUACGGCCCUUUCUAUUGGGGAAGAAGAUCCACCGUCUAGAGCAGGGUUUCCCAAGCAGUGA